AUGCCAUCGCCGCUGAAGCCGCUGCCCGUCGCGUCGGGACACGUCCGCCUCCAAGCUCGGCCUCAGGGGCGGGAGGCCGCUCCCCCCGCGGCCACGCUGCGGCGGCACGCGGCCCGGAUCGCCGUGACGGCUGCAGCAGUCGGCAUGCUCCUCAUCGAGCCGGGCGCGGCCUACGCGGCGCCGUCGAAGGACAAGGACUCGGGCGUUGCUCCUGAAGACAGCCCUCUCAUUCAGGGCCUGCUGCAGCGCUCGCGAGACAACAAGGAACGCUACGACGCGGAGCGCCUGGAUGCGUACACCAGCAAGAACUUCUGCGAUUACUUCAGUUUCGACGCCGGGAACCCGGCCGUUGCCAGGGCCAGAGGGAUCUCGAAGGAGACGUACGAGAAGAUCAAGAAGUACGCCGAGGAGCACGAGUGUCCGGGCUGGGUCGAGCAGAAGCCAGGCGCGGCGCGCAGGUAG